AUGAUUCAUCCCCACCUCCCUCUCACACUUUCUUGCCGCAUCCCUGCUUCCCCUCAUUUCCGCCUGCUUCCCCUCAUUUCCGCCUGCUUCCCCUCAUUUCCGCCUGCUUCCCCUCAUUUCCGCCUGCUUCCCCUCAUUUCCGCCUGCUUCCCCUCAUUUCCCCCCCUCCUCCUCCUCAUACUCCCCUGCCAGGGCAGUGCUUCUCCUCAAUUCCCCCCCUGCUUCCCCUCAUUACCCCCUCUGCUCCCCCUCAUUUCCCACCCUGAUUCCCCUCAUCCUUCCCCCUCUGCUUCCCCUGCUUCCCCUCAAUUCCCCUGUUCUUUCUCCCCCCUCUUCUCCCUUCCCUCUCUCCCAUCGUCCCUGUCUCCCCUGUUCCCUACACCCCCCCAUCCCUCCCUUCCCUCUCCCAAUCUCCUUGCUUCCCUCUCCCCCUCUUCUUGUCACCUCCUUUCCCUCCUCCCCUUCUUCCCUUCUCUUUCUUUCCCUCCACCCCCACUUCCUAUCUCCCCUUUACCCUCUCCCCCGUGCAACCGUCGUGACGAUCUGAGGCUCGUGGUGCCUGAAAAAGGAUCUACUAGGGCUGGACUGGUCGACCACUGUCCAUUGCUCCAGUCUUAUUUGUUGACGCGCCGUGGUAUCAUCUUCAGCAGCAUCCAUGGCGUCUUCAGUGCUGAGCCUUCUCGAUCGAAGCCCAGACGACCCCAUCGCCACUCAGCUCCUUGCCACUCUUGCAAGCAGAAGGUGUUUCCAGCGGUGAAGGGGCGAGCGGCAUGCGAGUAUGUGAACUACAAGGCGAUGGGGCUGUCGCUGUGUGUGGAGGACGGGAAGGUAGCGGCCGUGCACGUGUACAGUGACGUGCAUGGAUACAAGGCGUUUGCUGGGACCCUCCCCUUCGGACUUAAGGUGAUAAUGUAUGCGAUGGAGCGGAGUGAGUAUGAAAGCCAAGGAGGUGGUGGCAGCGCUGACAUGAAAGCAAUGGUGGAAAGCAGCGGGGGCCAUAGUAACCCUCAUACCCGCACCUCGUCUCGCACUUUUCCACUCCUCCUUCCUCCUCUCUCCCAUCCUCCCAGGGUGAGCAUGAAAGCCAAGGAGGUGGUGGCAGCGCUGGGGGAACCAGACGUGAAAGCGGGGGGGGGGCAGCAGUGGGGCGGUGACGGUGAUAUACUCGCAACUGAAGCCGGCGUUGCAGCGAGAUAUUGGGCUGCAGGUCACGUUUGUGGGGCGCAGCUGGGAAGAUGCUGA